AUGUUCGACUUGAUAGCUCAAUUUUACCGUCGGAUAAAAAUAAUCGUAGGGCAUUUGCAGGAAAUCUUUCAAAAUUGCCCUCCUUCAUCCAAAACCAAGUCUUCAACUGUUUGUUUUACUUUUACAGGUGGUGGAAGAAACCUAUUGUCUAGUAAUCUAAAUAGGCCACUUCUUGGACGACAGCAUUCUGUAUUUCUACAUUUUACAAUUUGAAGCAAGUAUUGGCUCUCACGCACAUGUUCUGAAUACCAUUUAAUGUCUGGAAAAUCAGGAAGAUCUUGAUCACCUGCCCCAACAUAGUUUGCAUUAAAAUUAUAGCCAUCAAUUUCCAUUUAACUCCAUACUUCAGCU